CCCGGUACCCAGGCGCCUCGGUCCCGUGCGGAGAGAAGACUAGUGUUUACGUCGUGAGUUUAGUUUCCCGCGCCCACCUUUCAGCAGCACCACCUUUACAGCCGCGGCAUUGUGUCGUUUUUUUUAUAAACCAUGAGGCACACACGAGCAUCUAGGAGCAAAACCGUAAAUGAUCAGACGAACGGAGAUGUUCUGGGCACAAAAGUGUGGCAAUGGCAAGGGGACGAGGGCCAAUGGGAACUGUACCCUCCUUCGACAUCUGCCAUACUGGACUCCGCCGUGUCCUCCGGGGACGCCUCCGUCACCAUCACGUUGGGCGCCGCGGGGACAGCCUAUGACGUCGACCUGAAGAAGAUGGUUCAAAUUAACCCCGCCACCAAGUACAAAAGAAAAAUACGCUCUCAGAUGGUGAAAUCAGAGCCUGCGAGUGGAGAUGGAGCCCCGGUUGGGCCGGCUGAAGGAGCGGAACAAGUUAAAGUGGAACCAAAGGUGGAACCAAAGGAGGAACCAAAGGAGGAACUAGAGGAGGAGCCAGCUCCUAAGAAGAGGAGGGGCCAGGCCAAGAGCCAGGCAAAAGUCCAAAAGCCCAAAGACGAAGCGACGAGUACUGAGGUGGUAAAGACCGUGAUCAUGAAGGGGAAGGCUCCAGUGGACUCUGAGUGUAAGGCCAAGCUGGGCAAGGCCCAUGUUUACAGUGAAAGGGAGGACGUCUAUGACGUCAUGCUAAAUCAGACAAACCUGCAGUUCAACAACAACAAGUACUACCUACUCCAGCUGCUAGAAGACGACAGCUCCAAGAGCUAUAGCGUGUGGCUGAGAUGGGGCAGAGUUGGUAAAUCGGGCCAGAGCAGCUUGACAGCCUGCGGAGGAGACCUGAACAAGGCCAAAGACUUCUUCAAGAAAAAAUUCGAGGAAAAGACAAAGAAUAACUGGGAACACCGGCUUAACUUUGAGAAAGUCCCUGGAAAAUAUGACAUGGUGUUCAUGGACUACAGUACCUCUUCAAAGGAGGAGCCCACGCUGGAGGUGGACGCCGCGCCCAAGAAGUGGACCUCCAAGCUGGAUGAGAAGGUCCAGUCCCUGCUGGAGCUCAUCUGUGACAUCAAGGCCAUGGAGGAGUGUGUGCUGGAGAUGAAGUUUGACACUCGCAAAGCCCCCCUGGGCAAGCUGACGUCGGAGCAGAUCCGAGCGGGCUACGCCGCCCUGAAGCGGAUCGAAGAGUGCCUGAAGAAGAAGGACAGCCGCAAAGACCUGUUGGAGGCCUGCAACCAGUUCUACACUCGCAUCCCCCACGACUUUGGGCUGAAGACACCCCCCAUGAUCAGCUCUGAGGACGACCUGAAGGAAAAGAUAGCUCUGUUGGAGGCCCUCAGUGACAUCCAGAUCGCCGUGAAGAUGGUCCAGGCCAGUGCCAACGCGGAGGAGCAUCCCCUGGACCGCCAGUACCACUCCCUCCAGUGCCAGCUGCAGCCCCUGGACGCCGGCAGCGACGCAUACCAGACGGUCUCCAGCUACCUGCAGAGCACCCACGCCCCCACCCACAGCGAGUACACCAUGAGCGUCCUGGACAUCUUCUCCGUGGACCGCCAGGGCGAAUCGGAGAAGUUCCUCUCCGGGAUGCACAACAAGACUCUGCUGUGGCACGGAUCCCGUCUGUCCAACUACGUGGGCAUCCUGAGUCAGGGGCUCCGCGUGGCCCCCCCCGAGGCCCCCGUCACCGGAUACAUGUUCGGUAAAGGGAUCUACUUCGCCGACAUGUCGUCGAAGAGCGCCAACUACUGCUUCACCAACCAGCGCAACAACAUAGGCCUGCUGCUGCUGAGCGAGGUGGCGCUGGGGGACUGCAACGAGCUCCUGGACGCAGACUACGAGGCGCAGAAACUCCCCGAGGGCAAACACAGCACCAAGGGCAUGGGCCAGACCGGCCCGGACCCCAAGAACGCCGUCACCCUGGACGGCUUCUCGGUGCCCAUUGGCCCGCCGGUGAAGACGGGUGUGGGCCGGGCGGGGUCCUACUCCCUCCUCUACAACGAGUUCAUCGUGUACAACCCCGCCCAGGUCCGCAUGCGCUACCUGCUCAGAGUCCAGUUCAACUACCCCUCCCUGUGGUGAGCGGGAGGGGGAACCACCCCCCCAACGCGGCACCGGUCACUUGGCCAGGUCCCGCUGUCCGGAUCGUUCCCCUGGACCCACGCUCCAGAUCCUCGCUGUCGGUUUUAUUUUUUAAAGGUUUUAAAGGUCUAAAUGGGGACAGCUUUUAUUCCAUUAAGGCGUUCUACUUAAAGUCACUUAUAAGGUUUUCAUCGGUUCUUCACCUAACCCAAUGAUAAUAUUGCUACUACAGGUCAGGGGAACAGUGCCAUUUGUUGACAGAAUGUUGCACUUUUUUGUACGUUGUACAUAAGGGUAUUGUUGCGUAAUAAACUGGGUUGUUAAUGUCA